AUGGCUUCCACCAGCCAAAUUCCGAUGGAUGACAGCUCGGCGGAGGAGCGCGUCAUCAAUGAAGAAUACAAGAUUUGGAAGAAGAACACGCCGUUUCUCUAUGACCUCGUCAUGACCCAUGCGCUCGAGUGGCCCUCGCUGACGGCUCAAUGGCUUCCCGAGGCACAAAAGGUUGAAGGCCAGGACUACAACGUCUACCGCCUGUUGCUCGGCACCCACACAACCGACGAACAAAAUCACCUUGUCAUCUCCAAACUUCAACUUCCCAUAGACGAUGCCCAGUUUGAUCAAUCCAAGUAUGAUUCGGAUAAAGGAGAAUAUGGUGGCUUUGGGGCCGUGACUGGAAAAAUCGAGCCUGAAAUCCGCAUCAACCAUGAAGGCGAAGUCAACAGGGCACGAUAUAUGCCACAAAACCCACACAUCAUUGCAACGAAAUCUCCAAGCGCCGAGGUGUUCAUCUUCGACUACACUCGUCACACAGCUGUCCCGGCAAGCGAUGGAGUCUGCAAGCCUCAACUGCGGCUACGUGGGCACACUCGCGAAGGAUAUGGCCUUUCAUGGAAUACAAACAAAAUGGGACAUCUUCUUUCCGCCAGUGACGAUGGAACGGUGUGCCUCUGGGACAUCUCCGCAAAUACAGCGAGCGGCUCUGGCGGUCAUUUGGAUUCGAAGGCAAAAUACCCACAUCAAUCGGUCGUAGAAGAUGUCGCAUGGCACGUCCUUCACGAAGCCCUCUUCGGCUCCGUCAGCGACGAUCAUAACCUCACAAUUUGGGAUACGAGAUCAAAAUCUAACCAGCCGACGCACAAAGUGGAGGCGCACACUCAAGAAGUCAAUUGUUUAUCGUUCAACCCCUACUCCGAAUACAUCCUUUGCACCGGCUCUGCUGAUAAGACCGUCGGGCUGUGGGACUUGAGAAAUUUGAAGAAUAAGCUCCACUCAUUCCAGUCGCAUCGAGAUGAGAUUUUCCAGGUCCAAUGGUCGCCUCACAAUGAAACUAUCCUGGCUUCUUCGGGUAGCGAUCGGCGCGUCCACAUUUGGGAUCUGAGCAAAAUCGGAGAGACCCAAUCAGCUGAAGAUGCAGAGGACGGUCCUCCGGAGCUGCUCUUCAUCCAUGGUGGCCACACUGCCAAAGUUAGUGACUUCUCGUGGAAUCAGAACGAGCCCUGGCUCGUCUGCUCGGUUGCUGAGGAUAACAUCCUUCAGGUGUGGCAAAUGUCCGACACCAUCUACAAUGAGGAUGACGUUUACGAA